ACUACAGUAUUGCCAACUGAGUGUUUUACAAAUUGAACGUUACACUGAGUUUUGUGUGUGAAGGCCAUUGACAAAAGUAUAUAUUAACAGCCUUAAGUUAACCAAUCGGAGUUAAUACAACACCUCAGAUAUUGUGCGAAAGGUUCACAGUUCAGUGAAAAGUAACAUGUAUGUUACCAACCAGGUUAAAAAUGUCUAUAUUUGUCCCUAAAAUGUUUAAAAUCGAUGAGAAUAUCUGUUAUACAGUGAAGUGAGAUUUAGAUGAUGCUGACAUACUUGCUUCUGAAGCAGAUCGUGUCGAAGUACUUAGUGUCACUCACUAUGUGGUCACGAGUGUUUUGUAAACUUGGUUCCUCAAGUUUGUAAAGAGAAAGUUGGCAAGAUAUUACAUCGUUGCUCACCUCGACUCAUAUUGGAAACUUUGCUCUCAGUUUGCAAACCCUAACUCAAAACUCCACUUUAACUCUUAUUACCGAACCCCAACCUUUUUGCAUUAUAACAUGUCAGUUGGUGGUAAAAACUAUAUGGAAUGAUAGCAUUAACCAAAAAUACUGGUCAGGCUCACAGUGUAUAUAUGAAUGGACUCUCUUUAUUAGAAGGGACAUUGUGGUUUGUGAGGGUUAAUUAUUACGAUCAAAGCUAUUUUUCCACUCUUAUCUCACCAUGUCGAUUAGAAAGCAUUACUUGUAUGGGGACUAUCUGUUUGCUAAAUAUCAUCUGAUGAAACUGAAUUCAUCAUGUCUAUAAAAUAUUUAAAUCUUUUUUCUACCUGAUUUGGGUUGAUUUUUCGUGUUGAACAUAUUGUUUUUGUAAGGUAGUUUAGGUAAACGAUUCUUUAAAGAACAUUAUUUUAAGAAUCAUUGAAGUUUCACACUAUUGUUUCAUCUCGCCACGCUUACCAGUUUUUAGAGUUUUAUUAACUAAGUAAUGAAAAUCAUAAGUACCUCAAAUAUAGUAUAUAUAUGUAUCGGUGUAAAUUACCUCAUCAUAGCAUCAGUGUGGUAAAUUUGUAAAGACUAAUUCUAGAGUGGUAAAAGUAGUACCAUUACCAGUGAUAAAAAAUAUUAGACGUAGAUAUUAUUGUUCGAGAGGAAUAAAUGAUUUCACGAAACUAAAAGUCUAAGACAGUCUUGGUACCCAAAGUCUAAUUUAUGACAGGAUGAAUGCAUAUGCUCCAUUGUGACCUGUCAGUCACGUUAAACCAAUUCAUGAUCUUACGUUGGAAAUUCACAUGCCCGAAAAUCCCAUAAAAUGUGAUCGAUUAUGUCCUGCCACGCAGAUUUUCUUGAGGUCUCUAUUGCUUUAUAGAUUAAGGUCUCAAUCAGUAAGACUAGGCUUUAAAAACACCAUGUCCUCUGUUUGCCUCACUUGAGCAGCACUUUUACGAUUUGAUGCAAGUUCGUCUUCUCUUUUGUUAUCUCAAUCCUUCCUCCGAGAUAGAUAAAAGUCAGCUAAGGCAAGUUAGGAAUAUGGUUACGGUGCUUUACGAAACUGUAUUUAUUCAAAAUAUUUUCGCUGGGACGAACUUGAAACAAACAAUGUUUGUGAAUGAAGUAACAUCUAAGUCUUACGUUAGACCGUGUUAACAACAAGUACUCUAUCUUCUUAUAGACAUUACAGUAAAAAGAAAAGUCCACAUAUUGUAAUUCUCCCACCCAUUUGUUUUGGCGAUGGAGAGUAAAUCUGAAGAGAAGAAUCCUGAUAUUGAACUGACUCAGUCGGAUAUUUCCAAGACCCGUCAAGCACCUUUUGGUGAAGACAAUGAAUUUAUGGUCAAUAAAGACACUGACAGUAUUUUAAAAAACACAAAUGAAUCGAAUAAAAAGUGGCGACUUGAAGGUGUAAAUAUAGUUGUAUUGUCUGUGAUAGUCUUAUCGACUGCUAUAACUAUAGCUUUAAUUUUCAGCAUUAUUUUUGGACAGCCUCAGGUCGUACCUCAAGGUGCUGUUGCAGUUGACGAUGACUUCUGUGGUCAAAUAGGCCUAAAUAUAAUGCGAAAAAACAAAGGGAACGCUGUUGAUGCGAUGGUAUCUGUUAUGUUAUGCCUAACUGUAACUCGCCCUGAUGUUGCAAGUUUAGGAGGAUGUGGCGCUGUACUAGUUCGUGAUCGUAAUAAACAAUUAAGUCACUUAUUUGACUUCACUUGCCCUGUUCGUAAUAGUGCUACAGAACGAGAUAAACCAGAUAAAAAUAAACCUGCAAGUUUAGUAGGUAUCCCGUCUCUAGUACGUGGCCUCGCAGUUAUGCAUCAACGAUUUGGUUCAUUAAAAUGGUCGGAUCUUUUCACUGGUGCGAUCGAUUUAACUAUGAACGGUUUCAUGCCUAGUAAAUCUUUAAUCGAAGCCGCGAAUAAAUUAAGGACAUUAAAUUUACCAGACUUUUUAAAACCAAUUUUAAAUCAAUUAAUUGAUGAAAAUACCCCAUAUUCUCCAUCGGUUGACUUACGUAAUACAUUACACCAUUUAGCUAAUCAACGUGAUGAAUACUUCUAUAAUACUAAUGAGAAUACAUUUAAUAAACAAUUUGUUGAUUAUAUGAAACAACAAAAUUCUCAAUGGUCAUUAGAAGAUUUGAAGAACUAUACAGUUAGUCGUCCAAAUGCAAUCAAAAUGGGUUUCGCUGGUUUCACAUUGGAAUCAUUUCCACCUCCAUUAGUUGGUGGUCCGUAUAUUUUACUCUUACUGAGCAAUUUAGAUCUUAAAGAUACACUCACUCCACUUGAUCAUCAAGCAUUACUCAAACAAGAUCCAAUUGUGACUGCUGUCUACUUGCAUCGUCUUAUGGAACUGGCUCGUUUAGCUGAAGCAUCAGUUACUACACUUGGAGAUCUGAGUGAUCCUACAAUAAGUGUAGCAGCUGCAUCUGCCCUGGACAGUAUCUUCUCAAAGUCUGUACGUGAAGCCACUGUAGCUAGUAUUCUAGAUGAUCGUGUGGUAAAGGAACAUUCGCAACUAGACGUCCUUCAAACAACUUCUGAAGGUGCCAGUAUCGGUAGCACAGGUAUUGUAACAACUGAUUCCACUAGUUUUACUGUUGUUGGUAAUAUAUUCAUGGGUUCACCAUUUGGUAAUGGACAAAUUGUACCUGGUACAGGUGUACACUUGAAUUCAGUGUUACAAUUAUUCUCAGAAAUAAAAUUGAAUAAAUUUGCUCCUGGACGUCGUCCUCUUAUUCCACUUGGACCAGUUUAUUUAUCAGCUACACAUAGAAAAUGUGGUAUACGUGCAGGUAUUGUUUCGUUUGAUGGAUUAUGGGGUCUUACAGAUGCAGCACAAGUAAUAAGUAAUGCCGCAUUAUUUUUACGUGGUUCACAAUGUCAUACACCUAUUACACUACGACAAUUUACUUCUAUUUCUACAAUGAAUAAUGUUAAAGAACAAACUUCUAUGAUAUCAAUCAUUGGUAGUCAUAGUAGAUUUAGUCCAGCCAUUGAAAAAAAUUGUAUUAAUUCAACUUAUUCUAUUCAAUUAACUAGAAUACAUCCUAAUUAUAAUACUACUAUACCAGGUAGUAUCACUAUGGAAUAUAUAUUAAAUCAUCCAUUAGAUUUUAUCAAUAAAUUAAAACAAUUAAAUUAUAAUAUAGAAUUAUUAUUGUUACCGAAUCAAUGGCCUAGUCGUGUUUUCUUAACUGGUUGGAAUGGUUAUGAUAUGAUUACUUCAGGGGAUUAUCGUUCAUUAAAUAGUAAAACAUUAUAUACAUUUUAAAAGAAAAAAAAGAGAAAAAGAAGAAAGAGAGAAAACUAUUCUCUUCAUAGUUUUCUUUUCUCUUUCUCUACAAUUUCUUUUUUUGGCAUUUCAUUGUUUCUAUGGGAUUUUCUUUUUUUUCUUUCUUCAUAUUUAAUAAUAUAAAUUUGAAAUGGGGCUGUGACUAAUUCAACUAAUUUUAUUUCUUUAGUAUCCUUUUCUAUCUGUUACAUCAUGAUCAUCGACAUCAUGAAUCUCUUAUAUCGUAAGUGUCUCCUAUUAUGGUUCCGUUUUUUCUUUUGUUUUGUAAUUUGUUCCAUUUUGUUUGUUUUUUUCUUGUUUACUUAUAUAUUUAUGGUGUAUACAUUUGAUGUUUUUGCAUUUCUUUUGUUCUUUUCUGGCUGUGUAUCAUUUCUUCUUUUUUCUAUGAAUUAACUGUUACAUAUCACUGUAUUGGUUUCUAUUGUUUUGUUUGAAAGAAAUAAAAAUCUAUUACAUUG